GCGCGCGUUGCUUGAAUCUGUCAGUUGCACCAGGGUUGCCAGUGGGGUCGGACAUCAAUCUAGUCAUAGUAAUUUAAAUUUUUAUAAAAAUCGAUUAUCAAAAGGUCAUCAUGAAAGUGUUCAUCGUGUUGGCAGCGGUUGCCGCUCUUGCAAAUGCCCAAUUCAAAUGCCCCGCCAAGGACGGUCAAUACGAAGAUGAGAGGCAGUGCGACAAAUUCUACGAAUGUGUAGAUGGUGUCGCCACCACCAAGCUCUGCCCAGACGGUUUAGUCUUCGACCCCACUAUUAGGAAGAUCAACAAAUGCGACCAGCCCUUCAACGUCGACUGUGGAGACAGGACUGAACUUCAACCCCCAAAGCCCAACGCGCAAUGCCCCCGUAGAAACGGUUUCUUCGCCCACCCCGACCCAACAGUGUGCAACGCUUUCUUCAACUGUAUCGAGGGUGACGCCAUCGAGGUCAAGUGCACAGCCGGACUCCACUUCGACGAGUACUCCGGUACCUGUGUCUGGCCCGACUCCAUUGGAAGACAAGGAUGCGCCGCACAAGACAAGAAACUCAAGGACGGUUUCGAGUGCCCCAAAGACCAGUUAGUAGACCCUCAAGGUCAAACCGUGGCUCACCCCAAAUUCCCCCACCCCAACGACUGCCAACGUUUCUACGUAUGCCUCAACGGUAUCGAACCCCGUGACCUCGGCUGCCAAGUCGGAGAGGUCUACAACGAAGAGACACAGAAGUGUGACGCCCCUGAGAACGUCCGUGGAUGCGAGGACUGGUACAAGGAUGCGGAAGAAGCCGCCCCCAGCCCCAAGGGAAGGUCUUAAGCUUUCAGUGAUAUAAUAUAAGUUACACCUAAGACUUGAUAAGUUAAAUAUACUUUAAGAUAAACCACGGA